UGCAGCGCGGGAGGCGGAACUAGGAAGCGGGAGCGCGGCGUGGGGCAAUGGCGCUGCCCGGCGAGCUGUGGGCAGAGCUGCCCGUUGAGAAGCGCAUCUUCUCCUCCGUCCUGCUCUUCUCCUGGGCCGUGUACCUGUGGGAGGCCUUCCUGGCGCACCGGCAGAGACGGGUGUACAGAACGACGACGCAUGUGCCAUGGGAAUUGGGACAGAUCAUGGAUUCAGAAACAUUCGAAAAAUCUCGGCUGUAUCAGUUGGACAAGAGUACUUUCAGCUUCUGGUCAGGGCUGUACUCAGAGCUUGAGGGCACUAUGAUUCUCAUCUGCGGAGGAAUUCCUUUUCUCUGGAAUCUGUCCGGUCAGAUUUCGGGCCGUGCUGGGUUUGGACCAGAAUAUGAGAUUGUUCAGUCGUUGGUAUUCCUGCUGCUCGCAACGCUGUUCAGCGCCCUGACUGGUCUUCCAUGGAGUCUGUAUAACACUUUUGUCAUAGAAGAGAAGCACGGCUUCAAUCAGCAGACACUGGGAUUUUUUUUUAAGGAUGCCAUCAAGAAGUUUAUCGUGACACAGUGCAUUCUGUUGCCAGUGACAUCCCUUCUGCUUUAUAUUAUUAAAAUAGGGGGAGACUACUUCUUCAUAUAUGCCUGGCUCUUCACGUUAGUUGUGUCCUUGGUGCUCGUUACAAUCUAUGCAGACUACAUUGCUCCUUUGUUUGAUAAAUUCAUUCCGCUUCCCGAGGGAGAGCUCAAGCAGCAAAUUGAAACAAUGGCAAAGAGCAUUGACUUCCCACUGACGAAGGUGUACGUUGUGGAAGGUUCUAAGCGUUCCUCUCAUAGCAAUGCUUACUUCUAUGGAUUCUUCAAGAAUAAGCGGAUAGUGCUGUUUGACACGCUCCUAGAAGACUAUUCUGCAUUGAACAAAGAGCCAGCAGAAGGAGAAGAGGGCGAGAACGAAGAGGCAAAGUCUAAAACAAAAAAUAAAAAGCAAGGAUGUAAAAAUGAAGAAGUUCUGGCUGUCCUUGGUCACGAAUUGGGUCACUGGAAACUAGGUCACACUGUCAAAAACAUCAUCAUCAGCCAGAUGAAUUCCUUCCUCUGCUUCUUCCUGUUUGCUGUUCUGAUUGGUCGAAAAGAACUCUUUGCUGCAUUUGGCUUCUACGAGACUCAGCCAACCCUGAUAGGCUUGAUGAUUAUUUUCCAGUUCAUUUUUUCACCUUACAAUGAGAUUCUCUCCUUCUGCUUGACUGUUCUAAGCCGACGAUUUGAGUUUCAAGCAGACGCGUUUGCCAAGGAACUUGGAAAGGCUAAAGACCUGUAUUCUGCUUUGAUCAAACUAAACAAAGAUAACUUAGGAUUCCCUGUUUCUGACUGGAUCUUUUCCAUGUGGCAUUAUUCCCAUCCACCCCUUUUAGAAAGACUUCAAGCCUUGAAAGAUUCAAAGCAAGAGUGACAGGAGCCUGUGGGGCAGAGACAGCGCUUCCAUCUCAGAGGCAAAGUUAGGAGUGUCUCUUAAAAACGGGUGUGAUGUGAACAGCACGACAAAUCUGAGAAUCCUCAAACAGUAUUAAAUUAUAAAUGACUUUUUUUUUAAACAAAAAUGAAAUGGUGGAACGUAGUUUAGAAUAAAGUACUGGGUGAAGGCCAAGCUCCCUGUGCUCUGGCUUUUAUCUCCGUAUAGAUUUGUAAGGGGAGAAAAAUACAAUAUUUUGAAGCACCCGUUUCUUAAAUUUUACAUUGGUUUUGAUCCUUUUCCUCUUCUCGGUGUUCUGUGAACUUUCUCUGUCUCUACCUUCACUCACAAUGAAGAGGUGUUGAAUGACGUGGUUUCUUACAUCAUAGCUGUACUAGCUGGUCACUGUGUUUAAAAAGAGUUUAAUGCAAGUAUGAGCCUUUCUGCUGGAGUUAAAUCCAUGUCUGUCCUAAGGGAAAAUGCUGCUCCUCUUAAGUGUGGGAAUACGGAUGAGUCAGAGCCGAGGAAAUAAACCAUCACCGCCUUGAAAAUGAGGAUUAGUCCAUAUUCAGUAUCAAUACAGAAGGAUUGGGCUGUCCUCUUCUCCAUUCUGCUUUUGGGGCACAGAAGAAUGUUAUGGAGAAGUGAAGGCAGGACCCACGCAUUAAAGAAAGUUGCUAGUUUUUGGUCUUCCCCCUCUUGCUUGUAAGCAUAAUGGUUAACAGCUUUUCCACACCUCGGUUCCUCCAUUUCUGUCAACCUUUGCCUAAUUUAGUUGUGUAUAUGGAAGUGGUCCGAUGCUCAGACAGCGCAUUCGUGUUGAACUUGAAUUCCAAGGUCUGCAGAGUUCAUUAGUAUGGACCCAACUGAAAUAGUGUGGGAACACAGACAAUAUGGCUCAUGAUCAUUCUAAUACAAGUACUCCAAGAUAUGAUUUGUUCAUAGGUUAGAGAAGGGUAAAGGGGUAACUGGGGAAGUGGCGUCUGCAUCUGGCAUCGCAGAUGAGAUGUGGAAUUGAAUUUACUUUUGUUAAAUAAAGAUAGAAGUUAAAUGUGGGUUUGUAUGUGCCAUUAGAGCGGACUGAAUGCAAAUACUUCAUAUAAAAAUCUGAUUUCCUAUA